GCCUCACUGACUCUCCUCCUAUCUAUGGGCCAGUUUUUCAGCAAUUCAUCAUCCUACACUCCUAAGUGCCCAAACAGAGAACAACCAACAAUCUUCAAUUCCUUUUCCUUUUCUCUUUCUUCUCGCCAUUACUGUUGGAAUCCGAAUUUAGGGACCAGUUUUGGUUUUACUCUCUCUACUAAUCCUUCCUCUAUUUCUGAUGUGUUCGGGAAAUAAUGGCGCUCACACACACCAACGCAAACUAAAUUGAAAGCUAGCAAAAAUACAAACAACCCUUCUUUGUUUCUGAUGUGUGAUGCAUGCACCUCUGGUCCCUUGAUCAUGACCACUGAGACUCUCUUUGCAUGUCGUUUCUCACUCCCCUUUUGAUUCUAUUACCUCAGACGGAGCAAUAGAGGACGACAAAGCCUGAAAAAAUUUUCCUUUUUCUUCUGCCCAGAUUUUCUAAUGAAUUUAACACUGCUGGUAUAAUCUGUAAACAAGAGGGUUGAGAGAGAGAAACAGGAGUUUUUUCAUUGAAACUUGUUGCCGAUUUCUGGCUUCUGACUCUGCAAACCAAAGUGAAUUUAUUUGACUGCAGUUUUGCACAUGUGCUGUAGAGUGUAGUACACUGGUUAGUUGUACAAGUCUCCAACACUGCAGAUAAAAACACAGAAUUGGUUUUUUGAUGUUGUCUUCUCGAAGUUAUGGUACUGUCCCUUCAGAAUAAAAAUGAACUGUAGUGGUAGAGAGAUCCACGCAGAGCAGCCUCUAUUGAUUGACAAGCUCUGAUUUUGAUGGCGUUUUGUAGCUCCUCACCGUCUAUACCAGAAAAAUACAAGAAACUGGUAUCGUCUUUCUUCAGUUCUCCUAAGCUAUUCGCCAAUUUCACAUCGAAAGUGUUGUGUGAAACUGAGAGUGCGAUGAGUCCAACCUCUAUACUCGACAGUAAGCCUUUGUCUGGCUUGAAAAACCCUUUCAGGUCAGAAACAAACAGCCCCAGAACCCCAGUUGGCGAACACAAGCGUUAUUGGGAUAAAUUGGAUUCAAAGGGUCUUGUUGAUGCUCUUGUUGACGACAAUAGACCUGGGGAAGUAACAUCAAAGUCACAAAGCAGAAUGAUUCUCUUUGGAUCCCAGCUUAAGAUUCAGAAUCCUCCACUGUCUCAUCCGACAGUCUCUCCUCAAUCACCUAAAUCUGUGUUUGGUUCCGCCAAUUCAACCCUCGAACCCUCCAAAUCUUCGAGAGUUUUCGCGGGAUCUAUCUCUGCCAGUGAAAUGGAGCUUUCAGAGGACUACACUCGAGUGAUUUCUCACGGGCCUAACCCAAGAACUACUCACAUAUUUGAUAACUGCAUCGUUGAGAGUGGCUGUUUUGAUUUUGGAUGUUCUUCCUCUCCAAUGGAAAAUGUGUUUCUACCUCCCCACACCAGUUUUUCCACCGAAAGCUUCAUGAGUUUCUGCUUUUACUGCAAUAAAAAUCUUGGUCAGGAUAUGGACAUCUACAUAUACAGGGGCGAGAGGGCAUUUUGCAGCCGUGAAUGCCGUGACGAGGGAAUGCUGUUGGAAGAGAGGAUGAACAAAUUGAAAGCUGGAGAUUGAGAUGAUGUGACAUAGAUCAGUUUCCUUCCUUCCUUCCUUAUUUGGUUUGCUUCAAAGAACUACUAAUAAUAACUCUUUGAUUUUUGUUAGUUGCUUUUGCAUAGAUUCAUUUUUGGGACAUAAAGUGGUCCUUAAAGAUCCUGGAUCCACUGUACCUGGUUUUGUUCUUUCUGUUUCUCUCUUUCUGGGUGGUAGUUCUGUAGAAGAAGGUGGAAAGGAUUGAAAAUGAAAGGCUGAAAUACUGUAGAGAAGAUUUUGAUAGAAACGAUGAAUUAGGAGCAUGCUAUUUGGUU